AUGAAGAACACCGUACUUCGAAUAAAAGCCGAGUUGGAAAAUGUUAAGAAGUUAUACUAUGACGAUGACUUCCUGUGGGUCUUUAACAUUAAGGACAGCACGUCUUCCCUCACCAGAGAAAACAUCCAAUUUAGGAAUACGGACGUUUUAGAAAUUCCCAACAGCAGGGGAACGGCCAAUUUUCUAAUCAAGUGGACUGAGUACCCGAAAUACUCGACCAUAAACUUCGUGAAGACAAAAACCGGUUGCUCCUACGACAGCGGAGCGGACAACGACUGGAGAGACUUUGCCACCUUCGAAUGUCGAGGAAUCGAACUUGUGGAGUUCCUGCCGCAAGGCAAUUUCAUCGUGGAAGACACCAAAGGAAAAAUUUAUUACGAUGUGAAUUUGUCUGAUGGAAAUUGGUGCGACUACAAUCAGGUAAGCGGCUGUCUAUGA